AUGCUUCAGCUCCUGGGGAACAGCAGUUCACAUGAACAGGCUGCUGUAUAUUACGCAUCAGAAUCAAUUGUCUCCAUUGCAAUCUUCAUCAUCGUUUUCAUCACAGGUGUCCCAGGCAAUGGAUUGGUGAUCUGGGUAGCUGGUCUGAAAAUGAAAAGGUCUGUGAACACUGUCUGGUUCUUAAACCUUGCUGUGGCUGAUGUCAUGUGCUGCUUGUCCUUGCCAUUCUCCAUUAUUCACCUGGCCCUCCAUGAACACUGGCCCUAUGGCUGGUUCCUCUGCAAAGUCAUUCCAUCAGUCAUAAUCUUCACCAUGUUUGCUAGUGUCUUCCUAUUAACAACCAUCAGCAUUGACCGGUGCCUCCUUGUGAUGAAACCUGUCUGGUGUCAAAACCAUCGAACAGUGAAGUUUGUAUCACUAAUAUGCAGUGGCAUUUGGAUCCUGGCCUUCAUUUUCUGCUGUCCUGUCUUCUACUACCGGGACACGAACACUUAUGAUGGCAAAGCUGAGUGUGGGUACAAUUUUGGGGAUGAUGAGGUGCAAGAUUAUAUAGAGGAGCCUGUAAAUGAGUUAUUGGGAGAAUACUCACCUUUAGCCUACAACAGUAAUGACUCAUGGGGAGAUAUCUAUGAAGGUGAUGAUUCAGUACCCCUUGCCUUAGUGGUAACAAACAUCACUAGGGCUGUCUUCGGCUUUGUGCUCCCCUUUGGCAUAAUGGCAGUUUGUUAUGCCCUCAUUGCUGCCAGAACUCGUGCAAAUCAGUUUCACAAGCCUCGCAACAGGAUGCUGCGAACAAUUAUGCUUGUGGUGGCUGUGUUCUUCAUCUGCUGGGCUCCAUACCAUGUAGUUGGGAUUCUCUCCCUUGUACCUAGUCUUGGAACAGGGCUGAGGGAGUCACUGAUCCUGUGGGAUCACCUCUCUACAGCACUUGCAUAUGCCAACAGCUGCAUCAACCCCUUGCUCUAUGUUUUUGUGGGACGGGAUUUCAGGGCAAAGGCACGGCUAUCAGUGCAAGGAAUCCUGGAAGGUGCCUUUAGUGAGGAACUAACCCGUUCAACCCCUUCACAGAAGCCAGACCUCAGCAGAGAAGAACCUUUGUAG